AGCGCUGUGUGAUAAGUGUUCUUCUGCAGAUAACACUGCUGCGGUGUUCUUCCGUCCGUGUGCCUUCUGGAGACGUUUGUCAUCUUCUGUCAUCUUGUCAUGAGCAGAACCGCAAGCGAACAGAAACAUCAGAGUGAGACGCCAGAGAUCCGACUCCGCUGGGAAACACAGGAUUUACUCUUUCAUUCAUCACAGAAGCUGCUGUUCUACGAAGACAAGCACCAGCUCCCAGCUCCGAAGUGGACAGAGCUGGCCAGCGUGAUCAACAGCUGCAUGGAGUACGAGCCGCUGCUGAGACCCUCGUUCAGAGCCAUCAUCCGAGACCUCAACAGCCUCUUCACACCAGACUACGAGCUGCUGGUGGAGAGCGACACGGUUCCCAGCAGGCAUCGGGCUCUGGGUCUCGUCGGAGCGUUCGAGAGUCAGGAACCCACUCAGUUUGAGGCCAGACACCUGAUCUUCCUGAGUCUUCAUCACUCUUCAUCACUCAGUGUCAGUGUUCCUGACAUCACUCCGUCUGUGUGUGUCUGCAGGGGAACUUCGGCAGCGUGGAGAAGUGCCGCUACGACCCGCUGCAGGACAACACGGGUGAAGUGGUGGCGGUGAAGAAGCUGCAGCACAGCACGGCCGAACACCUGCGAGACUUCGAGCGUGAGAUCGAGAUCCUGCGCUCGCUGCAGCACGAGAACAUCGUCAGAUACAAGGGAGUGUGUCUGCCCCAGAGCAUGCUGG